UUUGAAUUUAAGGAAACUAACCUCACUUUUUUAUAUACCUCUUUAUUAAUACAUUACAACACCAUUACAAUGAGUGAUUUAAAAAUAUCAAAUUUAAAAACUUUAGAUGAAUAUUUAAGUAAUCAAGAUAAUUCUAAGAACAAUCAGUACAUAACAAACAUUCCUGAUAUAUGCAAAGAAUCUCCGUGUGUUUUGGGUAUUGAUGAAGCAGGACGAGGACCAGUUUUAGGUCCGAUGGUUUAUGGCACCGCUUUUUGCCCAACUAACCAAGUAGGUAAACUUUUAGAACUGCAAUGUGCCGACUCAAAAGUCUUAACAGAAGAAAUUAGAGAAAUGAUUUUCGAAAAGAUUUGUGCUGAAUCCCAUAUAGGUUGGGCUAUUGAUGUGAUUUCGCCAAAUUACAUAUCAAAUUGCAUGCUGAGUAGAAGUAAGCAUUCUUUAAAUAAAGUUUCAAUGGAUUCAGCGAUUGGUUUAAUUAAAGCAGCUAAAUCAGCUGGUGUUAACAUUGAGCAUAUCUAUGUAGAUACAGUGGGGAAACCAGAAAAAUAUCAAGAUUAUCUUUUAAGUAUUUUUCCUGAAUAUAAAAUUACUGUGGCGAAAAAAGCUGAUUCAACUUAUCCAAUCGUUUCGGCUGCUAGUAUUUGUGCUAAAGUAACCCGUGAUCAUGCAUUAAAAGUAUGGGAUUUUCAUGAUGAAAUUGAAACGCCGAAAGAUGGAUUCGGAAGUGGAUAUCCAGGAGAUCCAAUAACGAAAAAGUUUCUUGCGGAAAAUUGCGAUUUGGUUUUUGGUUUUCCAUCUUUAGUAAGAUUUAGUUGGUCAACCGCUGAGAAGAUCUUAGAUGAAUCAACUUAUUACGUCGAAUGGGAACAUAUAGAUGAAGAUGAUGGAAGUCGAGAAGUUUUAAAAAACUCCAGCAUCACUUCGUUUUUUUCACCAACAAAGAAAAAAUCCGUUGCUAAACGACGACACGAAUUUUUUACUCAAAGACAUUUACAAAGUACUUUAGAAUUUUAACUCAAUUUAAUUUUUUUUAAACAUCUUUUAUUAAAAAAUAUGGGUUGAUGAAAUUUUUAGCCCAA